CGGAGCAGGAACUCGUUUUAGCAUUGCUGGGUCUGUGUUAGAUUUAAAAUCAGUGAAAAAAAGUAGGAAUCAGUUUGGUUUGAAUUGACAUUUCAACUAAAAUGGCAUAUCAGUACCGACCGCAGCAACAUAACACUCCGGUCGAUCAAAGCUUUCUAUGGAAUAUAUUUCAAAGAGUGGAUAAAGACAGGAGUGGAUCGAUAUCAGAUUCCGAACUUCAGCAGGCCUUGUCUAAUGGAACGUGGACCCCCUUUAAUCCAGUGACAGUCAGAUCAAUCGUUUCCAUGUUUGACAGGGACAACAAAGGCGGAGUGAAUUUUAAUGAAUUUUCCGGUGUAUGGAAAUAUAUCACUGACUGGCAAAACAUCUUCCGAACAUACGACCGAGACAACUCUGGGCUGAUUGACAGAAAUGAACUCAAGCAAGCAUUGACUGGGUUUGGUGAGCAAAGUUAUCGUCUUACCGAUCAGUUCUAUGAUGUUCUCAUUCAGAAGUUUGACAGACAGAGAAAGGGGCAGGUGGCUUUUGAUGACUUUGUUCAGUGUUGUAUUGUACUACAGAGGUUCACAGAUGUAUUCAGAAGAUAUGAUACAGAUCAAGAUGGCUGGAUUCAAGUGUCAUAUGAACAGUACUUAUCCAUGGUCUUCAGUGUUCUAUAGAA